UAUAAACUCUCGGUCAAAAGUUGCUGAAAUUUUUGGUCGGAAUCUACGUGAUAUGGAACGAAUUCAAAUCAAGCGUUGGAUUCAAGAGUGGAUAGGAUAUUAUCCUAUUAGGAUAAGAUUUAACCCAGUAAAAAUACCAAUUGACAUAGAGCCUACGAAGCAAUAAAGCAAUUGAAAACGAAAAGUGAACCAUGUGUCAUGUUUUUCGCCUUGGUCUUCCCACGGUUGACCGAUUCCGCAGGUAUAUGAACCAACGAACUAUUGCCGAGAAAUGUCAACUUCCUGAGACACAGCUCCUGAAUCGAUUCAAUUACCAACAUUUGGUAUAAAUGUUGAAGUAGACUUGGAUGCCAUCAUCAGUCAACUACAAGCUUAUUCUUUUAGAACAUCAUCAGUUCAGUUCAAUCGAUCCAAUUGCAUAGAAAAAUGAAGUUCUUCAUAGCAUUCCUGGCCCUGGCUCUGGCGGCUGCUGAAGCUGGAUACGCGCCGGCUGCGGUUCCAGUCGCUACUUCGGUUUGGCCUGCGUACGGUGUGUAUGGAAAGGGUGCCGUUUCCGCUUGGCCUUAUGGUCACGAUGGCUGGAACAACGCCGCCGGUUGGAACACCUGGAACAAUGGCUGGAAUAGCUGGAGCGACGAUGGUCAUAGUUCGUACGGAUACCCUGGUUAUGCCGCCGGAGCCUGGUCUCCUGCUAACUAUGGUCACAAGACGGUUGUAGUGCACGCCAAUUCGGGAAAGACGGCCUACCCCUACGGACUGCCGUGGGGAACCUACGGUGCUGGAGUUCAUGGAUGGACUGGCCAUCAUGGUGGUUAUCUGCCAACCAUUGUCCCAGUGUCCAAACAGGUUGCUGCCACCCCCGGAUCAGUUCAUGUGGCUGCGGUCCCGGUUGGAGGUGAAAAAGUGGUUGUUGGUAAAACUUGGUAAAUGCGAGGAAUGACUAAGGGUUCAAAUGGGCUUUGUGAACAAUGGAAAAGAUAUCCAGAAAUAUAUUGAAAUACCGUAAAUACGAAAUACAUGUUUUAUUGAAU